UCCUCAACCGUCCAUAGGUAAAAGUUUUUCUCUGUCGCGCUACACUAACUUAUCUACCUCUAUUUAGCACACCAGAACGUUUCUAGACGUUAUUCAGAGGCCCACUCGUCCAAACCUCCGCAGGUCUCAGCCAUGUCUCUAUCGGACCAGAGCCAACAGUGGUAUCCCACCAGCGUACAGGUAACUGUGCUUCAGGCAAGAAGCCUGAGGAUAAAGGGAAAAAAUGGCACCAACGACUCAUACGCCAUCAUGCAAGUGGCCAAGGAUAAAUUCGCUACAUCGGUGGCAGAAAAGAGCGUGGCACCGGUGUGGACAGAGGAGGCCACGUUCGAGCUGCCGCUCUUCCACAACGGUAACACAGAGAAGUGUACGUUGCAUGUCCACGUAAUGCACCGGGCUCUCGUGGGAUCGGACAAGUUGCUCGGGCACGCAGUCAUCAACCUGUUGGAGCUCAGCGAGGUUAAAUCCCGCAAUAAGACUGAAUGGCAUAAGCUGUUGGAUAAGGCAGGCAAGCCAGACAAAGACAGGGGAGAGGUGCUGGUGGACAUCCAGUUUAUGAAGAACAACCUGACAGCCAGCAUGUUCGACCUCUCUGCUACAGACAAGCCGCGCUCCCGCCUGGGCAAGUUCAAGGACAAGGUUCGAGGCAAGAAGAAGGAGGGUCUGUCAGACUCAGCGUCUGCCGUGGUGCCGUCCUUCACCCAGGUUCUGACGGACAGCGAGGGAGAGGAGGAAGGGGAGGGAGGUGCAGACAAAAAAGAGAAAAAGAAGAAAAACAAGCUGAAGUCUCUGUUUUCUCCCAAGUCUAAUCUGCAGCGUCACGGACUGUCGCAAUCCAUGUCUGUCCUGGGCCCUCUGCCUGAGAAGAACUCCUCACUGAGUGGCAGCCCCUCAGGCCUCAACGAGGACUCCUCUGAAGGUAAAAAUAAAUUCAAGUUUCUGACCCAUAAACGCACAGGCAGUUCCGACAGUAAGGCUUCUCAGGGCUCCUUGUCUCUAGGGCGCUCUAAGAUCCCUGCCCCGCUUGCAGAGCAGAGUAACCUGUGCAUCAACGGCAGUCACGUGUACACAGAACAUACCCAGCCCCGGAGCGCACGCACCGGCUCCACCUUCAGCCUUGCCAGCUCAGGCCACGGUUCCAUGGAAGACCUACGCAGGGCCCAGGGCCGUAAGAGCUCCAGCACCUCCAUGGACUCUCUCACGGCCCUGAAGCAGCCCUCACCCUGGGCAGAGGUGGAGAGCAGCAGGGCAGAGGAGGAGGAAGAAAGAGUUAAGAUGGACGAGAUGAAGAGAAAGGAAGAGCAGGAGAGAAAGAAGUUAGAUGAGGAAGAGAGGAUGAGGAAGGAGGAACAAGAGAAAAGGAGGAUUGGGAAGGAGGUAGAAAGACUUAGGUUUGAGGAGGAGAGGAUACGGAUUGAAGAGGAGAAGAUGAGGUUUGAGGAGGAAGAGAAAACGAGGAUGGAGGAGCAGGAAAACAGAAAGAGGAUGGAGGAGGAAAAGAUUAGGGUUGAGGAGGAAAGUAGAAUGAUGGAAGAGAGGAAGAGGAGACUGAAGGAGGAGGGAGAGGAGAGGGUAAAGAAGAAAGAACAGGAAAUGAUUAGGUUACAGGAGGAAAUGGAGGAAGAGAAAACGAGGAUGGAGGAGCAGGAAAACAGAAAGAGGAUGGAGGAGGAAAAGAUUAAGGUUGAGGAGGAAAGUAGAAUGAUGGAAGAGAGGAAGAGGAGACUGAAGGAGGAGGGAGAGGAGAGGGUGAAGAAAGAACAGGAAAUGAUUAGGUUACAGGAGGAAAUGGAGGAACAAGAGAGGUGGGAAGAAGAGGAAAGGAUGAGGAGAGAAGAGCAUGAAAGAAUGAAGAGGGAGGAUAGACUGAGGAAGGAGGACAAGAGGAAAAUGAGGGAGGUGGAGGAAAGAUUGAAGAGGGAGAAAGAGGAGAGGAUUGAGGAGGAAGAAAGGAUUAGGAGAGAACAAGAGGAAGAUAUGCAAAGAAGGGAGGAACGGGAGAGGAAAUUCAGGGAGGAGGAAGAAAGAGUGAAGAGAGAACAGGAUAGGCUGAGAGAGGAGGAGAGAAGAGUGAGGGAGGAGGAAGAAAGGGUGAGGAAGGCCGAGGAGGAAGAUAGGCUGAGAGAGGAAAUGGGGAUAAAGAGGACAGAGGAGGAAAGAAUUAAGAGAGAAGAGGAGGAUAGGCUGAGAAAGGAGGAAGAGGAGAGGAAGAUCAGGAAGGAGGAAGAGAGGAUAAGGAGAUUAGAGGAGGAGAUGUUGAGAAAGGAGGAAGAGGAGAGGAAGAUCAGGAAGGAGAGGCUGAGGAAGGAGGAAGAGGAGAGGAAGAUCAGGAAGGAGAGGCUGAGGAAGGAGGAAGCAGAAACAAUGAGGCUUGAAGAAGAAAGGGGAAAUGAACAGGAGAGGAGGGAUAAGGAGCAGAAAGAAAGAUUUAGGGUGGAGGAAGAAAAUAUGAAAAAAGAGGAGUUGAGACAGGAAGAGAAAAGGAGAAAUGCACAGAUGGAGGAAGAGCAAAGGCGUGAGGAAGUUGAGAAGCAGAUGGAGGAAGGGCAAAGGCGUGAGGAAGUUGAGAAGCAGAUGGAGCAGAAUAGCGAGGCAAAGGUCACCGUGUGCAAUAAUCCUUUUGAGGAAGUCUCUCCCACCAGUUCAUUUGAUGACACCGCUUCAAAUAAUCUGUUUGAGGAGAACGCUAUGACCACCACUGGACCCAUCAGCUGCCGGAUAAAUAAAGUAUCAGCAGUCAAGCCAAGACCCUCUUCAUGGGGGAACCCUUCAAAGCCUGCUAUAUCUUCCAGCCCCUUAUCAUCCUCGUCUCCUGAACUGGAGAGUUCUAUGGACUCCCCCAGAGGCGCUAUUGACCCGUCUACUGAUCUGAUGGAGAAGAAAGACCCUGCCCUUGUGGCUCCCAACAAUCAGCGCUGGGCUCGUACGGACAACUGGUCUAGUAAAUCUCAUUGUGCCACACCUACCCUCGCUAAAACAAAGCCAACAAAACCGCCCCCUCCCCUCAGACGUCAAUCUUCCACGUCAUUGGUGGGAAGUGGGGAUGACCAGGGGAGUGUUAGUCGUAAGGACCAUUCCAGUGUCAGACAGGAUAAGGGCCCUGCUCCACUGCCUCCAGACAACCAGCGAUGGGCUCAUAAGGACAACUGGCCCAGUAAGUCCAACCCUGAUUCUGCCACUCCUACCCUCACCCAAAAAACGUCAACAAAACCGCAGCCUCCUCCAAGACGCCACUCUGCCACAUCAUUGGUGGGAAGCGAAUAUGACCAGCACUUAAAUGAGAGUGUUAGUCAGGAUGAUUCCAGUGUCAGGAGGGACAAGCGUCCUGCUCCACUGCCUCCUGACAGACCAAACCAGGCUCCAAGCCAGACACAGAGGGACCAGAGUAUGACCAGUGUCAAUCAGGGACAUAAGGACAGAGUGGGUGCCUCCAUGUCCAAGGUUUCUCAACGUGUGGCACAGAUGAUCACACCACUGAGAUCUUCCUCCACAGCUACAACAGAACACAUCAGUGGAAGCCAGAGCUCUACCCACCAUGGGAACCAAGCAGAGGAACCCAUGCCAUCAGCCACUGGGGGGUUGAUGGUUGCGAAACACAAUAAAGGUCCAGCACCCUCCAGGCCCCAGCACCUUCCAGGGAAGACAAUGCCAACAGCUGAUGUGUUAGAUGAGCAAUCAAAUACUGAGGAACAUGAAUCUUCGGUUCAGUUUAGUCCAAAUAAUCCCUUUGCAGAAGACUGCAGAAUGGAGAAGUCCUCUGGAUGCAGUGAAGAUCAGAGUCUAACUGGUGAGCGUCAGGAGAGCCUGGACUCUCACAAUCAACAGAGUUGUACCUCCACAGAUGCAGAUCUAGGUCCGUUUCAGAAGCGUGUGGUUGGGGACACAACUGAGCUUCCAGCGCCAGAUGUUCGGCCAGCUGAGGAUGUCUCCUGUCCCACCAAAAGCACAUCAGCGAAGCGGGCCCGUGCUCCCUUGCCUCCAGUGAAGAUAACAUCCACCUUUAGAGAGGAGGGAGCUGGUAAACAGAGUUCUGGAAAACUACAAAGCCCAGCGGCUCCCACUUCGAGUAAGCUUUCCUCAGGUAACUGGGUAAGAAAGCAGAAUGGCGGGGUGGGUGUGGCACUACCGUGUGUUACCCUUGCCCAGCCCCCAUGUUUCCCCUCACCUGCCCCCUCCUCCAUACCCCACCCUGAGCCCCUGAAGGGAUCAGGGGGCAAGAGAGACUGCCCUCCCCAGACAACAAGCUCUGUCCCUGGCCAGAAGACCCUGCUUCAUGCUGGAGCUCUGCCCUCCAUUACAGAGCAGUGCAGUGGAGAGGAGGCAGGAGGGAGAGGGGACAGGUCUGCCUCAAGCACACGCAGGCCACACCCAGUAAAGCCCUUGAGUUCCCUGGAAAACCAGCCAGCCUCCAACAUCCAUGAGGGACAGGCUGGUAAAUCUACAGGGAUCCUCGGUGGUCUUCAAGAGAAGAUACAGGUCAAAGACACAGGGGUCAAAGGUCCCUACUCCCAGCUGACCCAGGAAGAGCUGAUCUCCCUGGUGGUGAAGCAGCAGGAGCAGCUCUCCAAAAGGGACGAUAAGAUCAAGGAGCUGGAGCAGUACAUUGACAACCUGCUGGUGCGCAUCAUCGAGGAGCAACCCAGUAUCCUGAUGACCAUGAACUCACUCAAAUGAGUGUUCCUAAUCAUUCAGAGCAGGCCCUUCCUAAAAUAUGUAUCUUCCUCAAUGCACAUGUAUUGGGCUGGUUGAAUAUUUCCGGGUUUCCUCCCAAAUAACUUUGAAUUCACCCGACACCCAUGUAUACCAUACCAAGCACUGGCUUUCUGUUCCUACUGAACAGAUGCGCUUUUGUUCAUUACAUUUUGAUUGUUGAAUAUUUAAUUGUUCAUUACAUUUUGACUAAAGGAUUUCUUAACUUUAUGGGUGUGUAAAGACAGUAUAAGAACACAAACAAAGCACAGGUCCAUAUAGGCCUGUGGGAAGUUGCCUUACGUUUUUGACAGUUCGAUUUUUCUUAGUAUUAAUGUUUUGAUUUUCUUGCGACGAGUAUGAUAUGAAGGUUAAAUCCAGCGCAAUGACACUGAAGAAUGAAUUGAAUAAUAAAUAAUGAAAGCUCCAACA